CAAUACUGUCCCAUCUGUCAAAAACAACAAACUGUUUUUGUUGAUUUUAUCGUCAUUGUGAGUCAUUCCAAGAAAAAUCUACAAGUUUCUUUUUUAAUAAUUAAUUGAGUGCUACUGCUGACAAAAUGUUUUCCUCAAUCUUUGGUAAGCGGAGAUCUUCUCCCGUGGAAGUAGAAGUGGAAGAAGAGACACCCCCGAUUCCUGGAGCCAGACCCGACGAUGGAUUCGUUGUUGUAGAUCCAAGUUCACCUCGGAACAGUUUGUACCCAAACGUGAGUGGAGGCGGAGCCCCGGUACCAUAUCCGCAGAGGCCUGCCCCGGCAGCGCCGUCGCCGAGGAAAGCGCUGAUAGAUCCCACGUUCCAUUAUCUCCAAGGAGUUCCAUUCGCAAUGUCCAAAACACUUCAGAUGGCCUCUAACAAAGACGUCUUCGCUACGGAACUGGCAGAUCUUCUUGCAUUUCUAACUAAUAAAGUCAGUGUGAGCAGCUACGAUUACGAUUUCAGUGUGGAGAAGAGUGUGCUGAAGGAAUGCUAAGUUGGUGAUAUGGGCUGUGACUGCUGAAAUGACCAGUUGUAUAUUUACAGUGUUCUAAGUCAAGCAGUCAUAUUGAGAUUAUGGAAUUUAUGUUUAUGGAGAAUCAAUAAUUAAAAAUAAGUCCUAAAAUAUUAUUUAGGUUGUCUGUAGUGUA